UCUUUCCGUCGCAGGGAGUGGCGGCGGCGGCGGCCCUCCCAGUCCCUCCUCUCUGGCUGGGAGCUUUGCGGAGAGGAGGAGGGUGAGCUGUGGGAGGGUCUCCAUUGAAAUAAACAAGCAGCCAGUGAUUAAAACGGGAACAUGGCGGCCGCGGAAGACUCAGCAGCUCCAGCUUCCUCUUACAAAGCAAAGGUUAGCGCUGGCGGCAGCUUGAGCGAGAAGAGCCGGAGACUUUACUGACCUCGGAAGGCAUAGAAUGAGCUGUCACCUAAAAAUACUGCAGAAAAAACUUCUAUUCUCAGCUGAACUUGAAAGAGGAAGUGUACCUGUAUGCUACCAAUAUUGCAUAAAGCUGCUUCCUGUUGAACAUUGAAGGUGCAUUUUGUUUUAUAACCACAGUUGAUUAUGUGGCAGGCUUGAGAUGUAUCUGAAGAUUGAAGUUUUCAAAUAUACAACCAAUACUGAUUUAACUGCCUCAUUGAGUCUUGUUGCUGAUAUGUGUUUAAGAUGAGUGGAAUUGGUGAAAAUUCCUCUGACCCAGCUCGGGCAGAGUCGCGAAAACGCAAGGAAUGUCCUGAUCAACUUGGACCAAGUCCUAAAAGAAGCACUGAAAAACGUAAUCGUGAACAAGAGAAUAAGUAUAUAGAAGAGCUUGCAGAGCUGAUUUUUGCUAAUUUUAAUGAUAUUGACAACUUUAACUUCAAACCUGACAAAUGUGCAAUUUUGAAAGAAACUGUGAAACAGAUUCGUCAAAUAAAAGAACAAGAGAAAGCAGCAGCAGCCAAUGAAGAUGAAGUACAGAAAGCUGAUGUGUCAUCCACAGGUCAGAGUGUAAUUGACAAGGAUGCACUUGGACCAAUGAUGCUUGAGGCCCUGGAUGGAUUCUUCUUUGUAGUGAAUCUAGAAGGUAAUGUGGUAUUUGUAUCAGAGAAUGUGACACAGUACUUACGGUACAACCAGGAAGAACUGAUGAACACAAGUGUAUAUAACAUCCUACAUGUUGGAGACCAUAAUGAAUUUGUCAGAAACUUGCUACCAAAAUCUUUAGUGAAUGGCGGACCUUGGUCUGGUGAAUCUCCUAGGCGCAAUAGCCAUACUUUUAACUGUCGGAUGUUAGUAAAACCUUUAACUGAUUCUGAAGAAGAAAGUCACGAAAACCAGGAAGCACAUCAGAAAUAUGAAGCUAUGCAGUGUUUUGCGGUUUCUCAACCAAAGUCCAUCAAGGAAGAUGGUGAAGAUCUGCAAUCUUGCUUGAUUUGUGUGGCACGGAGAGUUCCAAUGAAGGAAAGGCCACUUCCGCCCUCCUCAGAGACUUUUAGUACUCGUCAGGAUUUACAAGGCAAAAUAACGUCACUGGACACUAGUACCAUGAGAGCAGCUAUGAAACCUGGUUGGGAAGAUGUGGUGAGAAGAUGCAUUCAGAGAUUCUAUGCACAACAUGAGGGAGAUAUAUCUUUUGCUAAGAGACAUCACCAAGAGGUGCUGAGGCAAGGAUUAGCAUUCAGUCCUGUGUAUCGAUUUUCUUUGUCUGAUGGCACUAUAGUUGCUGCCCAAACGAAGAGCAAGCUCAUCCGUUCCCAGACUACUAGCGAACCUCAGCUUGUAAUAUCCUUACAUAUGCUUCACAGGGAACAGAAUGUCUGUGGAAUGAACCAGGAUUUAACUGGACAAGUACUGGGAAAGCCAUUGAACACAAUUAGCUCUAACAGUCCUGCCCAUCAAGCCAUGUGCAGUGGGAAUCCAGGUCAGGAUAUGACCAUCAAUAGCAAUAUGAAUUUUGCCAUAAAUGGCCCAAAGGAACAAAUGGGUAUGCCAACAAGCAGGUUUAGUAGUUCAGGUGGGAUGAACCAUGUGUCAAGUAUACAAACAUCCACUCCUCAGGGUAGUAACUAUGCACUAAAAAUGAAUAGUCCUUCUCAAAACAGCCCUGGCAUGACAUCUGGCCAGCCAAACUCUAUGCUUUCCCCAAGGCAUCGUGUGAGUCCUGGAGUGGCAGGAAGUCCUCGGAUCCCACCCAACCAGUUUUCUCCUGCAGGAAACUUGCAUUCACCUGUUGGAGUUUGCAGCAGCACAGGAAAUAGCCAUAGUUAUACCAACAGUUCCCUCAAUGCACUUCAGGCUCUCAGUGAGGGGCAUGGAGUCUCUCUGGGGUCAUCAUUGGCUUCACCCGAUAUAAAAAUGGGUAAUUUACAGAAUUCCCCUGUAAGUAUGAAUCCUCCCCAGCUAACUAAAAUGGGAAAUCUGGAUUCUAAAGAUAGCUUUGGAUUGCAUGGGGAACAAUCGGAAGAAACAACUGGACAAGCAGAAAGUGUCUGCCAUUCAGGAGAACAGAAAGAAAAUAAUGAUAACAUGCCCCAAGUUGGCAGUGAAAGACCUGAUGGACAGAACAGACUACAUGAUGGCAAAAGCCAGACAAAGCUCUUACAGCUGCUGACCACCAAAUCUGAUCAGAUGGAGCCUUCAUCUUUGGCUAAUACUAUGGGAGAUGCUAACAAGGACUCCAUGGGAAGCUUAUCUGGUUCUGGCUCAGCACAUGGAACCUCGCUCAAGGAGAAGCAUAAAAUUUUGCACAGGCUCUUGCAGGACAGCAGUUCUCCUGUAGAUUUGGCCAAGCUCACAGCAGAGGCCACAGGCAAAGAACUGAACCAGGAGACCAGUAGCACAGCUCCAGGUUCAGAGAUAACUGGUAAACAGGAACCAGUGAGUCCCAAGAAGAAAGAAAAUGCACUACUUCGUUACUUGCUAGAUAAAGAUGAUACAAAAGAAAUUGGUUUACCAGACAUUACGCCCAAACUGGAACGGUCGGACAGUAAGACAGACCCUUCCAGUAGCACAGUAAAGCCAGUAACUAUAAAGACUGAAAAAGAAGAGAUGCGCUUUGAGCCGAAUGAACAGCCUGGCAGCGAGCUUGAUAACCUGGAAGAAAUUCUAGAUGAUCUACAGAAUAGCCAGUUGUCACAACUUUUCCCAGACGCCCGACCGGUUGCUUCAGCAGGAUCAGUUGACAAACAAGCCAUCAUCAAUGACCUCAUGCAGAUUACAGGUGACAACAGUCCGGGCACACCUGUUGGAUCCCAGAAACCCACAGGGAGGAUCUCUCAGAGCACUUUUACGAAUGCAAGACAAGCGCAGUUGGGAAGGAUGUUGCCAAACCAGAAUUUGCAGCUUGACAUCGCUUUGCAAAACCCACCAGGUGCUGCAACUUUUCCGCCCAUAAGAAACAAUAGUCCAUAUUCAGUGAUACCUCAGCCCAGCAUGUUGGGUAGUCAAGGAAUGAUGGGAAAUCAAGGAAACCUUGGGAAUAAUAAUCCAGGAAUGAUUGCUGGUAAUACUCCUCGGCCCACUAUGUCAUCAGGAGACUGGGGUAGCCAAGCUGCUGCUGUGAGAGUGACUUGUGCCGCAACAACAAGUGCCAUGAACAGGCCAAUCCAAGGAGGCAUGAUACGUAACCCAACAUCCAGCCUGCCCUUGAGACCUAACAGUCAAGCUGUUCCAAGACAAAUUUUACAGUCUCAAGUUAUGAAUAUGGGCGGUUCAGAAUUGGAGAUGAAUAUGGGAGCUCCUCAGUAUACCCAACAGCAAGCCCCUCCUAAUCAGACUGCUCCUUGGCCCGACAGUAUAUUGCCCAUUGAUCAGGCAACGUUUAGUAAUCAGAACCGUUGUUCAUCAAGCUGUGCCCUUUGUAGGCAACCAUUUGUAGGCUCUCCAGAUGACUUGAUGUGUCAGCAUCCGGCCUCUGAGUCUCCAAGUGAUGAAGGAACUCUCCUUGAUCAGCUUUAUAUGGCACUAAGGAAUUUUGAUGGUCUAGAAGAAAUCGAUAGAGCUCUUGGGAUACCGGAACUUGUCAGCCAGCAGACCCAAGGAGUAGAUCCAGAAUCAUUCUCAAACCAGGAACCAAACAUCAUUCUAGAACAAAAGGCACCAGUUUUCACACAACAGUAUGCAUCUCAGGCACAAAUGGCCCAAGGCAAUUAUACACCACUGCAAGACCCAAACUUUCACCCAAUGGCACAGCGACCAGGUUAUGCAGCACUACGGAUGCAACCUAGGCCUGGUCUGAGGCCUACUGGUCUAGUGCAAAACCCUCCCAAUCAGCUGAGAUUGCAGUUGCAGCAUAGGCUUCAAGCACAGCAGAAUCGCCAGCCAUUGAUCAAUCAGAUUGGCAAUGUUUCCAGUAUGAACCUGUCUCUAAGACCUGGAGUACCUACACAGGUGAGGGAACAGGGAAAUAUUAAUUCCCAAAUGUUAGCCCAGAGGCAGAGAGAGAUACUAAGCCAACACCUGAGGCACAGACAGAUGCACCAAGUUCAACAGAGAACCCUGAUGAUGCGUGGCCAAAGUAUGAAUAUGACGCCAAGUAUGGUGGCCUCUGGGGGAAUACCAGCAACCAUGAGCAACCCACGGAUUCCCCAGACAAACACCCAGCAGUUUCCAUUUCCUCCAAAUUAUGGAAUAAAUCAGCAGCCUGAUCCAGGCUUCACCGGAGCUACCACUCCGCAGAGUCCCCUGAUGUCUCCAAGAAUGGCUCAUUCUCAGAAUCCUUUGAUACAGCAAUCUCAGGCCAAUCCUGCCUAUCAGUCCUCUACAGAGAUAAAUGGAUGGGGACAAGGCAAUAUUGGUGGAAAUAGCAUGUUUUCACAACAAUCUCCACCACACUUUGGGCAGCAAGCAAAUACCAGCAUAUACAAUAACAACAUGAACAUCAAUGUGUCCAUGGUGGCCAAUAGUGCUGGGUUGAACAACAUGAACCAGAUGACGGGGCAGAUCAGCAUGACCUCUGCAACCUCUGUGCCUACAUCAGGGUUGCCCUCCAUGGGUCCCGAGCAGGUCAAUGAUCCUGCAAUGAGAGGAGGCAGUCUUUUUCCAAAUCAACUACCUGGAAUGGACAUGAUAAAGCAGGAGGGAGAUGCAUCACGGAAAUAUUGCUGACCCUGAAGAUUGGCUCUGUCUUCAAUUGAUUGGGCUCCCCAUUCUGAACUACUUGCUAGUUUGAAGAGCUGCCUAUGUCUGUUUGCUCCAUCUUUUCUGCCAGCACGUCAACUGGAGAAAUGAGAAUUGAGUGCUGCAAACAGAAGAGCGUCAUUCUUGAGUGACAUCAAACCUUUCUUGGUGGAAGAGCAGUCUCUUCUUUGACAGUCUGAAGCUAGCGUACAGACAAUUGCUCAGCCUGUUCACUGCAUUCACCUUAGUGCAACUUAGAUCUCUCCUGCAAACUAAAUGUUGAUAGCCAGUUUUCAUAAAACGUGUCAGAUUGAAUGUAUUUAAAUGUAUGUAUUUAAGGAAAACCAACCAUGAUCUCAUUCUGUUCUGUUUUAGAUUUAGAUUUUUAUUUGGGCUUUUUUUAUUUUGUUUUCCUUAGCUACACAGUCAAGUGCAAAGGAUUUUAGUUUCAUCUGGAAAUCAAUGGUUUGUAUUAGGACACUCUGUGAAGUAGGGAGUAGACCGAAGUAUGAACUCCAGAGUGACAGAUGAUAAAAUGAGAAUAGGUAUCUAAUCUAGUGGCUAGAUAUCCUAUUCUAUAAAACAAACUUAUUUGGUUUUGAAUAGAUCUAAAUCUAUUUGAGUAAUUUUAAAUGUUUAAGUGAGUUAUAACAUCUUCUGAGAGGGCUUUUAAAGCUUUUUUAAUCACUUUGGGAUAAAAUCAUGAGUCACAAUUUAAGUUCACAUGUUGAUUUCGGCUUCCUUAAAAUUAACUAAUCUUAGUAUCCCUGUUCUCCUGCCUUCACUUGGACUUUCUGAUAGGUUAGAUAAAAGUAUAAGCCCCAUCAUAGUCCUAGAUCUGUUACCUAAGUUCUAGGUUGCAGGUAAAUUAGUUGCUAAAUGAUUUCAUUUGAACAAAGGUGCAUUUCUUGGUGAUGGAAGUGGCAGGAUUGAGGCAUGAUAUCAGAGCCAAAGGCAUCUGAUUUAAACAAUAAAUUUUCUACUUUCCCAUCUCCAUAUUUAGGGAAAACAAUGACUUAAGCUAUAGCAGAUAUCACUACAGAAGUAACCAUCAUGUGUUCAAUUAUUUUGAAGCAGUGUGGACUUUGAGGAAGUUUUGUAAGGUACAUACAAAACAGUUUCUAUGUAAACAAGCAAUAAUUUAAGUUGAAGAUUUUAGUGUUUUAACUGUAUAAUUUUGUGAGGUAUACAUGUUGUGGAGUUGAUUUCCAAAUGAGGUACUUCAGUAUUAAAUUAGAUAUCUUCAUAACUGUGUGUGUCUCCUGGGGACAAAAAUGUGUUUUGUAAAGGAUUACAAUGCCUUGAUUAGACCUAAUUUGUAAGCUUGAGACUUCUUUUUCUAAAUGCAAUUCUGCUCAUAAGUCAUUUAUCUAACCUUAUAUGCAGCCAGUGUAGGAGCCAAUUCUUGACUUUUUUUGUAUGUUUAUAUUCUUUCGUAAUAAUCUUAGCAAAACUGUUGUUCAGCAGACCACUGCUAAAAGUGGUUAUACUCUUACCGGCUGUGGUCUGAGUAUUCUUUUAAUAUAAGCUGACAUCAGUUUUUGAGGACUUGAAAUAUCAGGAAACUGAUUGUUUUCGACCUCCUGUUCUUCUGUUCCACUUAAUCUAUACUUUCAUAUCUGUAACUCAAAUUUUAGAUGUUAGUUAAAACACAAUGCAUUUUAUAUUUUCUCUGUCAAUACUCAUGCCCUUGGAAAUAGAAGGCUUGUUAUCUUGAAACCUGGUGUUUGCUUGCAAUGAGAGUUAAAAUAUACAAAGGAGUUGAUUUUCAUAGAGUGAUGAAAAGAACAUGUUAUGGAAUAUAUAGAAUGCAUUUCAAAUUAUGUUUCCUGUUGAGUGGCUUUCUUACCCCUUAGAGGGGAAAACUGUAUUUCUCACUAAUCACCAGACUCAAAAGUUACUUAUUCAAACAUCUGAGCCAUCUGGUGGAAAUAAAAAGCCCUGAGCUCUAUAUUAUUGAGAGAAUAUGAAUACCAAUAAAUAUAAACACACACACAUUAUCUGAAGAUUAAAGGGAUUAAACCAUUCUAAAUUGGAUGAUAAAAAUAGUUUUGAAAUGGAUUAUUUUUAAAUCAUGCUUUAGUAGAUUAAUAGGCAAAUAAAUUAUUUUAAAUAAUACCCAAUUCCAAGUAUAUUAGCACCGUCUAGUGAUAAUUUCAACUGAGUAUAAAAUGAAGUGUUUGUAGUAUCAGCAAUGUCCAGGGAAUCACUGAUUUUUCCUUUCAUUUUAAAUUAAUUAAAGGCAGUGGGUUUAAGCAUUUUCUGAGUAUAACAUUCACACUAGGUACAACAGUAAUGAUGCCAAGUCAGUUGUUUUAAUUUUUUUAUAAACAGUAUUUCUUAUUCAGUCAAUAAAAUUGCUAAAGAUAGUAAUUGGAUUUAUGUCAGAACAUCAGUGUUCUCUCAUACAAAAGUGUGAAAAGGCAAGAUGUAUUAAGUCAGAAAAAUAUAUACAUAAUUCUACAGGGCAAAGAACCAUUCAAUCACGUCCAGGUAAGCUAAUAAUAAACAUCUUGUUCAACAUUUCACUAGUUAUUUCAAAUAUUUCUCAAACUUAAAAGAUUGCCCCUCUCCCAGUCUUUAUAUUGGUCUGUAUUAACUAAAAGCAAUGCUUUUUGCCAUUUAUACAAAGCAUUUUUAAUCUGUAUUUUUAAAAAAACAGAGUUCAUAUGGGCUUAACACAUGAAAAGAUGGUUCAGCUCUACUUGCAAAACCCAAAGAUACACAAUCAGUUUUGAAAUGCAAUUUAAGCCAUUAAUUGUUGGUGUGACUUUAAAGUUUUCUAGUAUUUGUAUGGUAGUAUUGCUGCCUAAGAGCAAAAGCAUUCUCUGCACAAAACAAAAUUACUGUAGUGGCUUUGGUUUUUAAUUAGAUUUUUUCUCCCUGGUGUUUCUUUGUAGACUAAAACAAAAUCUUUUAAGUUUCUUACUACAGGUAAAAGCUAUGUGCAAGAACCUCAAAAUGCUAAAAUCUAGCAUAAUGCCUUAGAUCUGUUUUUAAGUCUUGUAUAUUCCUACAUAGCUGUCUGAUGUAUUAUAUUUGUAUAGUGAAUUGUGUACAAUUUUGGAAUAAGCGCAUCAUCACUUAGCUUUCAGUCGUUGAGUAGAGAUGAUGGACACAUUACUUCAAACAUUGACUUUUUUCCUUUUGGUCAUUCGUGAGUUUAUUUGUACAGUUCCUCAUGAAGUUACAUCUGAGAUGUGUAUGAGUGUGUGUAUAUGAAAAGAUUAUACAAGGGUAAAACUAAGCAAUAUAUAAACUAUGGUUCUUCAGGAGAAAGCUUACAGUGUUUCAGGUUGUGAUUUAUUUUCAAGACUGAGUUAACUUUGAACAUCACUUUGUUCACCUGCAUUGAUGUUUGUAUUUCUAGUGUGAGCAGUUUAUGCAAAGGUAGAUAUAUUCAGAGAAAUUUUAAAUACAUUUAUGCAAGUUAAUAUUGCUUUGCUGAUGCUAUUUGCUUAUUUGAUGUUAAAUAAUGCUAUUGUAAAUAAAGAAUUCAGUUAUUGCAUCAUUUAAUAAAUUUUAAUGCCUUCGGGUUUUACAUGG